GAAGGAGAGAGAGCGGGGUGUUGCCGCCUCUGAGACGCUCUCACGCAUCAAAGAGUAACAGCAGCAGCAGCGGAGCGAGCAGAGCAUCCUUCUCCCUGGGAAGAAAAAACAAAAACAAGCCUAUAUUUUACUUUAUUGAAGCUUUGUAAUCAGCCUUUAUAUUAUUAAACGGAAUCAGAACGAGAUUUACCCAGAACCCAUCAGAAGAUCGACCUCGCCGUGAGAGAAAAAAGGAGCGCCUGGUGUGGAAACAGACCGAGGCUUUCAGCACCUUGGAUAGCGAUAAUGGCUCCUAUGCUGGAGGACGGAGCGCAGCCCGUGGCAGUGCCUGUGGGUGUUGCUGUGGUGAGUGUUUUCGGCCUUGUCUUCACUGCAUCAGCCUUCGCCUGGAUCUGUUGCCAGCGCAAAAACACCAACAAGUCCCAGAAGACGCCCCCUUACAAGUUUGUGCACAUGCUGAAAGGCGUCGACAUCUACCCAGAGAGCCUGAGCGGCAAAAAGAAGUUUGCGGCGGCCACGACCUCAACAGCUAAUGACACCGCUAAAACAGAUGUCAAUGGAAACUGCCAAACUACGCCAAUGAGUCCCAGUACCGGUAAACCCGCCACAACUCCAGAUGGUUCCAGAUCAGCCCUGCACCUUGAUCUUGAGAAGCGGGAUCUGAACGGAAACUUUACCACCAAACCUUUUCACCACCACCACCAGACGGUGCGCAGCUCCCCAGACCUGGAGCUCCCCUCCCCACAAACAGGGUUCACUCAACCUGGUGCGAUGGAACGGCGCGACCUACCUUCCCCCUCCAGCGCUCUGUCCAGCCAGGCACCCACCCCGGCCGUUGACAGGCCUCAGGGAGAUGAAAAGGAGGGUGGUCUAGGGACCCUCCACUUCUCGCUUGAGUACCAGGCAGAGAAGAAGGCAUUCAUUGUUCACAUCAAGGAGGCCCAUGGUCUGACUCCAACUGAUGAGCAGUCACUUACGUCUGACCCCUACAUCAAGCUGACCCUGCUGCCGGAGAAGAAGCACAGGGUGAAGACAAGAGUCCUUCGGAAGACUCUAGACCCGGCUUUCGAUGAGACCUUCAGCUUCUACGGGAUCCCACUGGCUCGAGUGUCCGAGCUGGCCCUUCACUUCAUGGUGCUGAGCUUUGAUCGGUUCUCUCGUGACGAGGUCAUUGGAGAGACCCUUGUACCUUUGUCUGGAAUCGACUUGUCGGAGGGGCGUGUCCUAAUGAGCAGAGAGAUUAUCAAGAGGAAUGUUAAGAAGUCCUUGGGUCGAGGAGAACUCCUGCUGUCAUUGUGCUACCAAUCCACCACCAACACUCUGACUGUGGUAGUCCUGAAAGCUCGGCAUCUUCCCAAGACUGAAAACAAUGGUCCUACCGAUCCAUACGUCAAAGUGAAUAUGUACCAAGGAAAGAAGCGCAUAUGCAAGAAGAAGACCCACGUGAAAAAAUGCUCUCCCAACCCGGUCUUUAACGAGCUCUUUGUGUUUGAUCUGCCCUCCGAAGAGGGCCUGAGGGACACCAGUGUAGAGCUGCUUCUGAUGGACUCAGACAAUGGCACUUCACGCAACCCCAACACCGUUAUUGGCCGUCUGGUGCUGGGCACAUCGGCAGCAGGAACGGCCGGUGAGCACUGGAGAGAGAUCUGCGACCACCCGCGUCGCCAGAUUGCCAAAUGGCAUACCAUGUCAGAGGAAUAAUGCAGCUGAUAACAGCCGUUUUGUUGAUUUUGUUACCCAUAGAUUGAACUGAUACAACCUUGAAAGUGAUGAAUUGAGGACUGGAGGGAUGUGACAUCCCAUUGGCCAGUACUCAUUGGACAUUAACUGGGGAUGUAGUGGGUUAGGUAAAGGGUUAUUUAAAAAGAAGUGGGAGUGGACUUUUAUAUAGAGGAGAUCAUAUUUCAACUGAUGUCACGUUGCAAUCAUUCAUUAAACCAGUUAUCUGUAGUGUUCUGUUAGAAGGUGGGGGAUGUUGAAGCUUUAAACAAUCCCAAAGACUGCCACUGAGAAUCCUGUGUAAACAUGCAACAAUAUCAUUAUUGUUAUCAAUAUCAUAACAACAAAUUUUCACUGUCCAUGGUUGCAGUUCAGAAUGUCUCAAAUGUUGCUUUUACACUUUCCUUUCUUCUACAUCUAGUUCUGCUCAUUCUACGUCUCUCUGUAGCUCUUCCUCUGAUAAAUAGUAACCAAUAGACCAUCAUACGAAUCCCACAAAGAACCAAGACUGAUCUUGCUGUACAAAGGUGGACUAUUAAAGAUCAUUUUAUAAUGCCAAUGUUUCAUUCUUAAAAGAUGUAUGUUGUUUUUUGUUUAUCACACUGAUUAAUUUUUUUCUUGCUGAUUUGCAAAACCUCAGUUUAGGUCUAAGUGUUAUUUCAUAUAUCAUGACUGAGAGAGAAAUAAGAGCCUAAAUUAGGUGGUUUACGAAUUGACUGGAACAGACUGAGUGCACUGGGGACAGUGGAGUAGCUGCGGAGGCAUUUAUGUGUGUGUUUGUGUGCGUGUGUGUGUGUUUGUAUGUGUCUUUUUCCAGAAGAGGAUGUAUGCAAUGACAAAGCUUUGUGAGUGUGUGGAUGCAAGUCACAUAAUGUUUACUGUAGGUGUUUUGUUCCUGUUACUGUGAGCACAAAGAGAGCUGAAAUGUAAAUGUAUGUAACUUAAUAUAAAAUAUGGCAAGUUCUGAC